UCAAUUCAAGUUAAAAAAGAAUAUAAAAGUCAGUUAAAAUUGUAAUUUUUAUUAUUUCGGCGAUAAUGUACAAGUUAAUUCUCUGCACAUUGUUAUUGGGUGUAACUUCUACAUUUUCGAUUUGCGAUGCAACCGAGUUAUCGAAUUCCAAUGAAAUUGAAGAAGGGAAAAAAUUUCUUCUUGAAACAAGUGAAAAAUUAUUUAAAUUUUACGAUAAUCUUAGAGAUGAACAAUUUAAUGAUAAUGAAGAACUUAUAUUUGAUCAAUCGCAAUCUAUUUUAAAUGAAUCAAUACUUUUGAUUGAUAUUGUUAAUCAGGCUAAAAUGUUUGAUUACAAAAAUUUCCAAGAUAACGAAUUGAAAUAUGCUUUUGAAGAAAUUGUUAAAAUUGCUGACUUAAUGAUUAUCGGUGGAGAACAAUAUAAUGAGAUAGUCGAUGCAUUGGAUGACCUUGAAGAGAUACUGUUACACGAAAACUAUUUUUAUGCUGAAAAAUGUGAUGAAAAUAUUAACUAUGAUGAUUUUGAUAUUUUGCCAUCGGAUUGGCGUAUACCAGAAACAAUAAGAGCAAAGUCUAAUAAUUCGAUGGAAAUUCAAUAUUAUUGGGGACAAGUGAGAAAAUCAAGUGGCAAAUGGGCAAAAGAGAACAUGGAUUUAAUUUUAGAAGGAUUGAGAGAUGCAGCGAAUUUAACAGAUUUGUCACCUCUACAAUUUUGGUUACGUGAGUAUAACCUCACUGAAAUGGAAAAUCUAAUGAAUGACAUCCAACCACUUUAUAAUGAGCUACACGCUUUCAUUCGAACUGACUUGCAGAAAAAAUAUGGCAAUUCUAUUAUAAAAUCCGACGGCUUAAUACCACAUCAUCUCUUCGAACAAGUAAUAGCUCAGGUUUGGAAAAAUGGAAGUAUUAUUGAAGAACUAUUUCCAUACGAAGAUCUUCCUCCAGUUGAUUAUGUUUUGGAUAGAAAUUUUUCUCCCUAUGAUUUGUAUGAAUAUGCGGCUGGGUAUUAUGAAGAAUUAGGAUUUACAAAAUUUCCGUCAAAAAUUUGGGGAGAAGAUAUAAUUAUCCAAAGAAAUGGAGAUCCAUAUGGUUGCAAAGCUGAUGUAUAUUAUUCAAGUCCUAAUGUUCAUCUAGAGUUUUGUGUCAUAAGGAAUUUAGGACAAUUCCUUGAUGCUUAUUCGGAUAUGGCAAAACUUUAUUACGCCAAAGAAAUGACUGGUCUUCCAGCUUAUUACUUUGCUACCCACGAUUUAGAACAUGCAAUUGGAAAAGCAAUUAUUUUAUCAGCAUCUAAUUAUCAAAGCUUGAAGAACAAUCAAAUGAUUCUCAAUUUUAAUAUCACUGAUGCAGUGGAAAUGAAUCGACUUAUGAGAAAGAGUAUUGAAAGUUUGUUGAAUAUUGUAACCGAUUUUGUGCAUGUGAAAUUGAUGGCUGAUCUUGUGUCAGGAAAUGUUGAGCUAAAAGAUCUUAACAAAAAGUAUUGGGAGCUUAUGGAUAAAUAUGCUGGUGUUGAAUCAUCAAGAAUUGAUAAAACGGAUUCAGAAGUUACUGACAUUCCUGCUUCAUUUUACCAAGAUAUGAAAGAUAAUACUCAAUCGAGAAAAUUUGACGCGGAAAUCUUUAGCUAUCAAAUGCAUAAAAAUUUCUGUGAAUUAAGUGGUAAAUAUCCUAAAGAACCUUUACAUCUUUGUGAUAAUUUUGGAUCCAAAGCUGUUGGCGAUGUUUUAAAAAAAACAAUGCAACUUGGUACUUCAAAACCAUUCAACGAAACUUUGGCAAUAAUGUUUCCUGAAGAUCAAAGAAUAAGUGCUAAUAGUAUCUUGGAAUACUACAGUCCAGUGAAGAAAUUGGUAGUUGAGAAGAAUUUGGAAGAUAAUGUGAAACCUGGUUGGAAGCAUACCGAAGAAGAUACUUCUGUAGAAGCUAGUUAUGAUAGUUCACAUAUAUGUAAAUAUAAAAACUGAGAU